AUGAAAGGCAAUCCACAGGUUUCAAAAUAUUUGCGACCAGUACCAUCUGCAGCAGGAGCGUCCUCAUUUCGAUCAAGACUGCAAUCGUACAAUUUCUGUCCCUCUCGAAGCAUGUCUCUGGACAUUGAAGCUUCGAAAAGAGCAGCCGCCAAAGAAGCGGUUGCCAACCACUUCCCCGAAAACCCUCGUUUCGUCGGCAUCGGCUCAGGCACAACAAUCGUCUACGUGGUGCAAGCUAUCAAAGAGUCGGGAAGAGAUCUGUCACGCAUUGGCUUCGUGCCAACGGGAUAUCAGUCUAAACAGCUAAUCAUCAAUGCCGGGCUGCUUCCCAUAGAGUUCGAUGCCUUGCCAGAUGGUGCUAUGAUUGACAUUGCGUUCGACGGUGCAGACGAAGUAGACGAUGAGCUGAAUUGUAUUAAAGGAGGCGGAGCUUGCCUCUACCAAGAAAAGCUGGUCGCCAUGAGAGCCAAUGUUUUUAUUUGUGUUGCCGACUAUCGCAAGCUGCAGAGUCGCCUGCUGACCAAAUGGCCGACCAUUCCCAUCGAGGUCGAACCGAAAGCAGCACGACAGGUUAUGGCUCGCUUGAGACUCAUGGGUAGCUGCAGUGCGGCUGGGGUCGGCCCAUUCAUUCGCGAAGGGGUCAUUACCAAAGCUGGACCCAUCAAAACAGAUCAAGACUUCUUCAUUGUUGAUGCUCCGUUCCCACAACCUCUGUUGACUAGUGCAGAUCUGCUCGAGGGCAAGACCCAAGACCCGCACAAGGGAAUCUGGGAAGUCGAGGAGCUUUCUCAAGCCAUCAACGACAUUAACGGAGUACUAGCGGUUGGCUUGUUCUGCGGUCCCACAGGCCCGGAAGCAAAGGCUGCCUCGGUCAUUGGCGGACAAAGACCAGUGGCUUGUUACUUUGGUAUGGCAGAUGGCUCAGUGCAGAUACGACGAGCCAGACAGAAACGGGACAGCAUUGUUGCACGUUACCCGCCACUGGAGCCAUCGAUUUCGAAAGAGCGCACUCAUUGA